AUGGAAUUCUCGUACUUUGCUGUCAUUUUGAUGUUUUCAUCUGGUCUUCAUCACUUCUACCAGGCACUUCCUGCGAGAAUGGGGGCAGGCGCUCUCGCUAUCUGUCAAAGUAAAGCAGCAGUUCGGCUGAAAGAAGACAUGAAAAAGAUAGUGGCAGUGCCACUAAAUGAGCAGAGAAGUUCCACGUAUAAAAAGCUAUUUGGAGUCAGUCUCCAAGACCUUCAGCAGCAGGGACUCACUGAGAACGGCAUUCCAGCAAUAGUGGGGAAUAUAGUGGAGUAUUUGACGAAACAUGGACUCACCCAGGAAGGCCUUUUUAGGGUGAAUGGCAACGUAAAGGUGGUGGAACAGCUCCGAUGGAAGUUUGAGAGCGGAGUGCCGGUGGAGCUCGGGAAAGACGGGGACGUCUGCUCAGCAGCCAGUCUGUUAAAGCUCUUCCUGAGGGAGCUGCCAGAGCGCGUGAUCACCUCGGCCCUACAGCCUCGAUUCAUUCAACUCUUCCAGGAUGACAGAAAUGAUGCUCAGGACAGUAGCUUAAGAGCAUUAAUAAAAGAGCUGCCAGACGUCCACUACUGCCUCCUCAAGUACCUAUGCCAGUUCUUGACAGAAGUGGCCAAGCACCAUGUGCAGAAUCGCAUGAAUGUUCACAAUCUCGCCACUGUAUUUGGGCCAAAUUGCUUUCAUGUGCCACCUGGGCUUGAAGGCAUGAAAGAACAAGACAUCUGCAACAAGAUAAUGGCUAAAUUACUAGAAAAUUAUGAUACCUUGUUUGAAGUAGAGUAUACAGGAAAUGAUAACCAGAGAUGUGAAAACAUGGCUAGGAUUAUCAUAGUAAAAGAGGCCAGUUGUAAGAACCCCUUACCCACCCUUCUGACAAAAGACUUAGACAUGCAAAAACCAUCUCUAAAAACCAGGAUCCCAAAAUCCAGGAGUGAGGGAUCUAUUCAGUCACACAGAGUACCACAACCAGAGCUGUCAGAUGGUGUUCCUCAGGUCAGCCUGCGGCUAAGUCGUAGAAAACCCUACUGGAAUGAUGUGAAUUCAGCAGAAGAUGCUAGUGGUGCAAAGUUGGUAUCCAGUUCGCAGGAGGAUGAAAGACCAAUGUCACCUUUCUAUUUGAGCACGCAUGUAUCCCAAGUCAGCAAUGUUUCAACAACUGGAGAACUCUUAGAAAGAACCAUCCGGUCAGCAGUAGAGCAGCAUCUUUUUGAUGUUAAUGGCCCUGGAGGCCAAAGUUCAGAGGACUCAGAGUCUGGAACAUCAUCAGCGUCUUCUUCCACAUCUGCCAGACAGCGCCGCCGCCAGUCCAAAGAGCAGGAUGAAGUUCGACGCAGCAGAGAUGUGGGACUUAUCGACAAAGAAAAUAUUCCUUCUGGGUUCAGCAGCCUUGAAGAUUGUAUUUUGAGUGCUCAGGAAGUGGAAAAGCUGUAUGAAAAUACUUCUGGUUGUGUUGGAGAAAGGGGCAAACCUAAACGUCAGAAAUCCAGUUCCAAACUCUCUGAACUCAAUGAAAAUCAAGAUGGUCUUGUGAAUAUGGAAAGCCUCAACUCCACACCAUCUCAUGAGAGGGCUGGACCUGAUGAUGUUGAACUGAUGUCCGACGAAAGCAAAGAAAAUGAAAAAGACGGCAGACAUACCCAGCAUUUUGAGAACCCCACAAUGAAGAUUCAGGAGCACUCCGGCAUAACUGACACCAAACUGCAGAGGACCCAAGAUGCCGAUGAGCAGCAGGAGAGCUUUGUCUCCGAAGUGCCUGAGCUGGACCUGACUGCAUUGUGUGACGAGAAGAGCUGGGAAGAGCCAGUCCCUACCUUCUCGUGGCAGCAGGAGAACGUGGACUCCGACGAAGCGCACCUCUCCCCACAGGCUGGGCGCCUGAUUCGUCAGCUCCUGGAUGAGGACAGUGACCCCAUGCUCUCUCCUCGGUUCUACGCUUAUGGGCAGAGUCGGCAAUACCUGGAUGACACAGAAGUGCCUCCUUCUCCCCCAAAUUCCCAUUCUUUCAUGAGGCGACGGAGCUCCUCUCUUGGGUCCUACGAUGAUGAGCAGGAGGACCUGACACCUGCCCAGCUCACGCGACGGAUUCAGAGCCUUAAAAAGAAGAUCCGAAAGUUUGAAGAUAGAUUUGAAGAAGAGAGGAAGUACAGACCUUCCCACAGUGACAAAGCAGCCAAUCCAGAGGUUCUAAAAUGGACAAAUGACCUUGCCAAAUUCCGGAAACAACUUAAAGAGUCCAAACUAAAGAUAUCUGAAGAGGACCUAACCCCCAGGAUGCGGCAGCGAAGUAACACGCUCCCCAAGAGUUUUGGUUCCCAGCUUGAGAAAGAAGAGGAGAAGAAGCAAGAGCUCAUGGAUAAAGUAAUAAAGCCCAGCGUUGAAGCCACACUGGAAUCCAUCCAGAGGAAGCUCCAGGAGAAGCGGACAGAAACCAGCCGUCCUGAGGACAUUAAGGAUAUGACCAAAGACCAGAUUGCUAAUGAGAAGGUAGCUCUGCAGAAAGCUCUGCUAUAUUAUGAAAGCAUCCAUGGACGGCCGGUAACCAAGAACGAACGUCAGGUCAUGAAGCCGCUGUAUGACAGAUACCGGCUGGUCAAACAGAUCCUGUCCAGAGCCAACACCAUACCCAUCAUUGGAUCCCCCUCCAGCAAGCGGAGAAGCCCUUUGCUGCAGCCAAUUAUUGAGGGCGAAACUGCUUCCUUCUUCAAGGAGAUAAAGGAAGAAGAUGAGGGCUCAGAAGAUGACAGCAACACAAAGCCGGACUUCACAGUCACUCUGAAAACCGAUUUCAGUGCACGUUGCUUCCUGGACCAAUUUGAAGAUGAUGCUGAUGGGUUUAUUUCCCCAAUGGAUGAUAAAAUACCAUCAAAAUGCAGCCAAGACACCGGGCUUUCAAACCUCCAUGCUGCUUCAAUACCGGAACUCUUAGAACAUCUUCAGGAAAUGAGAGAACAAAAGAAAAGGAUUCGAAAGAAACUUCGUGAUUUUGAAGACAAUUUUUUCAGACAAAAUGGAAGAAGUGUCCAGAAGGAAGACCGCACUCCUAUGGCUGAAGAAUACAAUGAAUAUAAGCACAUAAAGGCAAAAUUAAGGCUCUUGGAGGUGCUCAUCAGCAAGAGAGACACUGAUUCCAAGUCCAUGUAA